AUAUCCUUGUUGAAGCAAAGUCUGGAGAUGCAGCUGUCCCAGUCGCAGUCGUCGCUGCAGCAGCUACAGCACCAGUUCAGCCAGGAGAGGGAGCACCUGAGGAUGCAGCUGGAGGAGCUGCAGACGGAGCAUCAGAGGCGACAGCACCGUCUGCAGGAGGCCCACCGCUGCGCCAUGCAGGACAUGGAGCACGCCAGCAACGUGAUUUGAAGGACCUGGAGGAGCGUCUCCGCCACCAUCACCAUGCAGAGCUGCAGUCUCUCAGAGAGGCUCACCGCCAGAGCAUCGAGACGCUCAAACAGCAGUCAGAACAGGAGCUUCAAACGCUCCGCUUUGAACUGGAGGAUGAGGGCAAAGCCAUGUUAGCCUCUCUGCGAUCGGAGCUGAACCACAUCCACGCGUCAGCCAUCGAACACCUGAGACAAACCCACCAGCACGAGUCAGCCGCCGCCAAGGCCGAGCUGGAGAAGACGAUCGAGAAUAACCGGACACAGGAACGCGAGCUGUUGGGCCGGAUCUCCGAGUUGCAGGAGGAGGUGACGAGGAGGAAGAACCACAUCGCUCAGCUGGACCACCAAAUCCACACGCUCAACGAGAACAUCAGCACCCUGACUAAAGAGCUGGAGCUGAAGGGCAAGGAGGUGCUCAAGAUCCGCAGUGAAGCCAAUCAGCAGAUCCGGGCUCAUGAGCAGGAGCUGACAAAGAGACACGAGCGGGAGCUAGCCGAGCUGAGCGCCGUCCACAGCAGGGAGACGCAGAACAUGCUGUCAGAUUUCAACAAAGCCCAGGAACUGCUCAAAGACAAGAUCUCCGCCCUUCAGAUACUGUUGGAAGGAACAGAGGAUAAGUUCAGGAACAGAGAGAGUCGUCCUGAGGAUCUGCAGCUCAUCGCCGAGCUCAAAGAUAUGGUUUCUGAGAGAGAAACUCUAGUCAAAAAACUGGUGGACGAUAAAAAGUUCUACCAGCUGGAACUCGUCAACAGGGAGACCAACUUCAACAAAGUGUUCACCGCCAGUCCUAAUGUGGGAGUUAUCAACCCGCUCAUUAAGCAAAAGAGAAAGAAUGAGAAAACAGCAGCCAGCAGAUUGAGCAGCUCUCCUAAUGUCAGGGCUCUGGAGGGAGCAGGUAUGGGCAUGGGCUUGGUGGGUACAGGGAGCGGCCAGCCCCCACAACCACCACCCCCGCCCCCAACCCCGCCCAGUCGCCUAGAGCCUAUCCCCAACUCCCCCCUCCAUCACCUUGAGCUCAACUCCAACAAACCUCUUGCCCCGCUGACCCCUCCCACCGAACCCAAGAAAUUCAUGAGCCCUCCUGAAACAAAGGACUCUGCCAUCGACUCCCCGGACGCUCAGCGCCAGGAGUGGUUCGCCCAAUACUUUUCCUUUUGAUCGACCACAGACCUGCAAACACAACGAUUCAGCAUGUCAACCGAACUUUUAAAAAAAAGAAAAAGAAAAA